ACUGUCAACAGACGGGAUGACAGACGGGGCUGUCGAAUUUGUUUUGCAGUGUUGGAAAGAGCCAGCUAUAACCUAGCACAGAAAUUUUGUUUGUGUACUGUGAGCAAACAUUGAGCUGUCAAUGGAUUGAAGUGUUUUAACUUUCUUGGCGAAUGGCAAUGAAUGCUGAUUGCAUUGUUUUAUUUAAUCAUCUACGCGUGCACAGUGUUUACAUUGGAAUUUCCCUCGUGUUUGUACGUUAUGUCAUGGAUGUCGAGAUUACUUUAGAAUCGGCGAGUAGGUGAUUUUACUUCAAAAAUUUCUGAAAUGAAGUGAUUUGCUUGAUUUCAUUGGAAACCAAUUGACAAACGAGAACUGCGAGCGAAUGAAAAUUAGAUGACAUCUAAAUCUCGGUGAUUACAAUGUUCAACAAAACAGAGUCAUCAAAAGGGAGUUUCCUUGAACAGACUAAAGCAGCUAGAGAAGAACGUGCCCAGGAAAAGAAAAGAGAAAAGGCAGCAACAUGUAUUCAAGCGCAUAUAAGAGGCUGGUGUGCAAGAAACAAAUUUACAAAACAAAUACUGGCUGAGUUUGAUGAGAUAAUACCUAAUGAUGAACAUCCAGAACUGAAACCAUGCCUGCAGAUAUAUCAAGUAUCAUGCAGGUUUUUAUUUGUGUGGAAGAAAGAAAGAGACCAUGAAAGAUUUGAGAAACUGUGCAGGUAUCUUGUUGCCUCCUUGGAAUCUGAUUCUGCAAAAUUAAGUUAUGUGGGAGUAGCUCUCAACAAAGAAUAUUCUUUGGCAUGGAUUUCUCAUAUGAAAGAAGUUCUGUGGAAAUGUUGCUGUUAUCUGGAUGAUCUUCGGCCAGAAAUACCUUCAGACAUGAAAGUUAUACUUCUUUAUUUGCACACCUUGGUAGCAUUUACUGCAACAAACACUUGGAUUUUGCUAAAAGCGAAGCACAUGGAAAAAUUAAAACAUGGAAUGAAUCAACUUUGUGCCAAUGUUAUGGGACAUCUUUUCAACAAAGGUUUUUAUGUGAUCUUGAAGAUGUUGUUGAUUCGUGGUUUAGGAAGGGCAAAAAUUAGCUUAAAACAUGUUUCACUGUCGGCUAUUGUUACUCUUGCAAUUCGACCUUUGGUGUCUGCUAGUUUCUCAGAAAAGUUAAUGACAAUGUUUGUUAUACAUAUUUUAAGUGUACCUGCUCUUAUAUUACAUUUGCAAAAUAUGGCACCAGAGUGUGUUUCAAGUUUUGUUCAACAUGAUGUUUUUGCCAAAGCACUUGAACUUCUCUUUGUGGAACAAAACACAAGAAUAGUUUUUAAUGUGUUGGAAGGAAAUUAUUCACUCUGUCUUCUGGCAAAUUUAAUUCAACUGGCCUAUAUUCAGCGUGAUGAUAAACUGAAAGUUCUCUAUUUUCCUACUUUUACGAUUGUUGUGAGAAAGUUACUGGAAAGAUGCCAGAAUUAUGUGGUGACCAAACAGUCAAAUCUCACUCAUUGGCAUCCUGUUCUUGGAUGGUUUGCUCAGAGUAUGGAUUAUAACCUCCAUGAAGCUAUGCCUCAUGUUAAGACCCAGUUGCAUCUUCUGUGGAGUGUACAGUUUGUGUCAGUUCUUUUAGGACAGACUCUAGCAGAAUUGGUUGAGAAUGCAGAUAUUGUUCCUGAGACUCCCAGUCCACCUGCAUCAACAUCAUCUAAUAUUUUGAGACGGGCUCUAGAUCAUCGAAAUACCAGAAGUAGUGCACCAAAACAUCACAGAAAAAUUGGAAGUCCAGAAUGUACAAAAGUGGCACAUAUAUGUACGUUGUACCAAACAGCUCUAGGAACCCUUACACAGUUAAAGCUGGAUAUUCUUACAGGUCUCUGCUAUCAAGAUAAAAUUUUGUUUAAUUUGUGGCUAUUUAUAUGUUCCUUGGGAGGGAAUUGUGGACUUAAAGCAUUCCUUGAUCAUCUUGCUGCAAAUACAAAAGAAAUUACUUAUGAAUUUCAUAUGCUGAUUCUAUUUUGUGACUGUAUGACUCACUAUGUUACAAUUUUAGAUGACAUGGAAAUGUAUGAACAACAAUCACCAUUUCGACUUCAAGAUUAUGUAGCAAUGUCAAACUUCCUUAAUAAUUUUUUGUAUAGAGGUGUACUUUCAAAUCUGUUUGAUAUUAAAACCUUGAAUACCAAUAUUGUGUUUCAAAUGGCUCACACUUUACUAAUGGUUUUGUAUCGAAGAGACUGUAGAAGAAGCUACACACCUGACAAUCACUGGCUUAUAAAAGAUUUACGUGUGAACACCUUUAUCAGUGACCUAGAUAAGGGGAAAAAAUCUUCGCAGAUUUUACUUCAGAAGAUGCCACAUAUAAUUCCUCAUGAUGAAAGAGUGCAGCUAUUUAGAAAGUAUGUUGCCAAUGAGAGAAUGGUUCUAGGUCUAACAGAGUCUGCAUGUGCGUCACCUCAAUCUACGCUUAUUACUGUACAUAGAAGUCGAAUUGUUGAAGAUGGAUACCGGCAGUUGGCCUUAUUGCCGUCUCAGGCAUUGAAGGGAGUCAUCAGAGUAAGAUUCAUAAAUGAACAAGGUUUAGAUGAAGCAGGCAUUGACCAAGAUGGUGUUUUUAAAGAAUUUCUUGAGGAAACGAUAAAACGAGUUUUUGAUCCAUCAUUAAAUUUAUUUCGAGUAACCAGUGAGGAAAGGCUUUAUCCAUCACCCACUUCCUACAUGCAGGAUAAUCAUUUACAACUGUUUGAAUUUGUUGGAAGAAUGUUGGGAAAAGCUGUUUAUGAGGGAAUUGUUGUUGAUGUUCCUUUUGCAUCAUUUUUCUUGAGUCAAUUGUUGGGCCAGCAACAUCAAGCACUAUAUAGUUCUAUGGAUGAAUUGCCUUCUCUAGAUCGAGAGUUAUAUAGAAGUUUAACAUUCAUCAAGCACCAUCAAGGAAAUAUAUCCGAGUUAGAUCUUACAUUUACGGUAGAUGAGGAUUGUUUGGGGAAGCUGGUGACUCAUGAACUUAUUCCAGGUGGAAAAGCAGUUCCCGUUACAAAUGAAAAUAGGAUUAAUUACAUACAUCUGAUGGCACACUUUCGAAUGCAUACCCAGAUUAAAGAUCAAACUGCUGCAUUUAUACGUGGUUUUCGUUCCAUUAUUAAUCCUGACUGGCUGUCUCUCUUCUCCACUCCAGAGUUGCAAAGAUUAAUUUCUGGAGAUAAUGUUCCUCUAGACUUACGAGACCUUCGUAAACACACACAGUAUUAUGGAGGUUUUCAUGACUCUCAUCGUGUUGUGUGUUGGCUAUGGGAUAUUCUUGAUAAAGAUUUUAAUGAUGAAGAAAGGAGACUUUUUUUGAAGUUUGUUACUAGCUGUUCAAAACCACCUCUUUUGGGUUUUGCUCACUUGGAGCCACCAUUUUCUAUACGAUGUGUGGAAGUGGGUGAUGAUGAGGACACUGGUGAUACCAUUGGAAGUGUGAUCCGUGGGUUUUUUACAAUAAGGAAAAAAGAUCCGCAAAAUAGAUUGCCGACAUCAUCCACAUGCUUCAAUCUCUUGAAAUUGCCCAACUAUCAGAAGAAAAGUACUUUACGAGAAAAAUUAAAGUAUGCUGUAUCCAGCAACACAGGAUUUGAACUCUCUUAAUGGCUGUUAUUUUCACAGAAGAAAUGAAGAAAGGCUGAUUAUUCUAAAUGGUUUAUCCUGCAGGCUUGGACAAUCUCAGAAUUAUUUAUUCUAUUGCUCUGGUAUUAGUAUUUGGUGUUUGUUUUGCAUUGUAUGCAAAUUUUUGUCUUAUGACAACUUUAAGUGCCUCAAUAUUAGUCAUGACACACUGUGAGGGAUGAAAUGCUUUAUUAUAAUCUUACAGACCCUUAUAUCAUUUAUUUCAUUGUAGAAAAUAUGUAAAUUAGGGCUCCUCAGGACAAACUUCACUAUUUGACAUUGAGCUUUAACUUUUUUUGUUUAAUUACCUUAUAUUCUUCUGAUCAAAUCUUCUGAUCAAAAUAUCAUUGUCUGCGUGAAAAUAUUUUUCUGGUUGUCUUUAAAAUAAGGAUAUAAUAAUGUUUCCAUUGUGAUUUGAUUACUAUUUAUCUCUUAUCAAUGUGUAAUUGUUAGUUUUUAUUAAUGUGUUUUCAGAUCAUGCAGGAUAUUCUCAUUCCUGAUUUUUGUUUUUUACUCUUGCUCCUAGAUUCAGUGAAAUGAUCAAGUUAUGAAUCUGAAUAUUGAUAUCAUUUUGCAUACAAGUCUAUGCAUGCAGUAGUGAGAGGCAUUAUCAGCUUAGAAUUAUUUGUACUAUUCAUGUAUAACAAGAUAUCUCAUGUGAUAAAUUUGCAAACAAAAUUUUGAAGAAACAUAUAUGUACAUAGGUUUUUAACACUUUUGCAGCUUAACAAAAUGAAUUAUUAGUUAAAUUAUUAUGAUUGGGGACUUGCUGUAUGUCAGGCAGUUUUUAAAAUUUGAAUUAACUAAUUUAAGAAAUAAUAAUAUAGAAUUUUUUGUUUGCAUCAUUGUGACGUAUUUGAGUCUCCUAUGAGAAUGAAAAAAUCACCAUACAUUAUAUUUAAUUGAUAAACCCCAUUUUUUAGUGAAGAAACAAAAUAUUUAUAAGUUCAUGAUGCAAGUGUUAAAGUGAAAAUUUCCUUGUGCAGAAGGCAAGAAAUAUAAUCUGAUGUCAAAAAUGUAUAGAAAUGUAUUAUUUUCAUUGUCAUUAAUUAUGUGAAUUGCCAUGUAGAAAGUUUCAAAAUAUUUUUGUUGAGUUGAUCUAUAUGAUUGUACAUUCUAUCAAACUGUUGUACUAUAUUAAUUAGGUGUGUAAAUUAAGUAGUUGUAUGUGUAUUUAAAGUAAGCAAUUAAAUUACCUUUAUAUUGUUUUGUGCAAACUGUUAGUUUGUGGUACAAAUUUUUGUUAGAGGUGUGUUAUUUUGCACUCAUAUUGAUCAAUGGAAAAUUCAAAUCUUUGAUGCUAGUUCAAGUACGAACAAUUAUUUUCUUGUUGGUUUUUCUGUCUUCCAAUGGAAAUUGUAAGAAAACCAUGCCCCAGGGUGUACUCUCUAUUUAAAUUAUUUGUAUAAACUGUAUUGUUAUUAGUUUUUACACACUGACAUGAAGGUAUAAAUUUCAUAACAUCAGGAAACAAAGUAAAAUAUUUUCAUAAAGGAGUGUGGGUGUGUGUGUGAUACAAAACACUUCUUUGUCUCAUAAAUUCAAUGAAUUUCAUACGCAAUAUUUUUAGUCACUCAUACUUGUGAGAAGUAUUCAGUUGAUGUAGGUCUCAAUACAGAUAUUUCAAUAUAUUUUAAACAAUUAUGGGUGCAUAUUAUUGUUUUAGUGUGUGGUCAGAAGUUUUUGUAAUUAUAGAUAAUAUCUAUGGUCAGCCUGUGAAGUGUUACCACUUUGAGGAGAAAUAGCUGUGAUAAAAUUUUUCAAAUAGAUUCUAAACAGAUUUUAAAUAUAUUAUGUAUAGUUAUCUACAAAGAACGAUCUGUAUAUGUUCAUUGUCUGGUGUGGCAGGAAGACUGGGAGAAUGUAUCAUAAGAUAAGUAGCCUAAAAUAAUGAAAUAUCACAGAUUACUUCCCCUAUAUUGUUUUGUAUAUUCAUAUGCUGCUGAUGUGGUUUUGAAGCUUGGUGAAUGAGGGAAUUGUCUGCAAUAUGUAAUUAAAUAAAUACAUAAGUGUUAUAGUUGCCAUUAUUGUGGAAACAAACAUCAUUUAAUAGUUUUUACAAAUAGUAAAACAAGUUUCCAUUAUGUUAGUAAUAAUAUGUUUCAAACAGAAUUUAUGAAAAGCAAAAUAUUGGUUAAAUGCACAAAUGUUUUCAUUAAGGAUUGGAAUGAAUGAUAAGCAUUUGGAUUGUGGAUCAUUCUGCUGAUGUUAGUUGAGAAAAAACUCAAUUGAACUGACUUUGUACUCCCUUUGUGAAAUGCCUUGCAAAUCAAGGACUGAAACCAUUUUAAUAUUAUUGUAGUGUUAAGUAUCCAAACAACUGGUUUAAAAAUUUGUUUGAUCCUCGUCACCAAAGAACUGCCACUGGUUACCAAUAUUGUAGGUCUUCAGAAUCAGGAAACCAUACCAAAUUUUCACAAAUGCAGUGUAAUGCAGAUUUCUUUUGAAUGUUACAUUCUCUUGUAAAGUGUUUAUUUAUACUUAAUGAAUGUGCAAGUGACUGACUUGGUAUAUUUUUAUUGCAUUGUAUUUUCUGUGGAUGUAAAUGUGAUCCCUUAAAACAACAUUUUAAUAAAGAUGAAAAUAUAUGUCAUUA